ACAGUUUUUCCAAAAUCAAAACCUGCUACUAGCUAACCAAAACAGCGAACUUAAGCACCAUGACUCAACCAUGAAGGAUGAGUCAUCCUUGUGUUGCCCCCUAAUCUGUGCCGCCCCUUGCAGAGAACCACAUCAACCAAUAUGAAGAAAGAAAACCCCAUUAUUAYCUGCAUUCUCAACAAACUGACUUUAGAAGCUCUUCUUUGGGUCAUUUCUCAGAUUGGCCAGGAGAAGCCUGAGCUGCUCAUCGCCCACGCCUACACCCGCUACCUCGGCGACCUGUCUGGGGGUCAGGUKUUGGGGAAAAUCACCCAGAAAUCUCUGRGGCUGAGCAGCAMAGAGGGACUGUCGUUCUUCUCCUUCCCCAGCGUGAGCAGCCCCAAYCGCUUCAAGCAGCUGUACAGGAGCCGCAUGAACAGCGUGGAGCUGACCGAGGAGGAGAAGGCGGCCGUGCUGGAGGAGGCGGUGGAAGCUUUCGAGCUGAACAUUCAGGUUUUUGAUGACUUGCAGAAAAUGCUGAGCAUCACCGCAGAAACGGACCAAUCAAAGAGCGGCGUGGGAGCCGCCAGGUUCACAGCAUCUCCCGUCCUGCAGCUCGCAGUGGGACUGUGUGUUGCCCUGGCAACUGUUGGGGCUGCAAUGUAUGGGAAGUAGAAAUGUGGAUUUUAUACUCAGUAUGCACACAGAGCACUUUACACACGUUACGGUGUCCAAAGUGUGGCUGGGGGGCCACUUUUGGCCCUUAAAAUGACUUUGUUUGGGCCCUGACCACAAGUCAAAAGAUUUGACSCCCACAAAUCUGGAUUUUUUUUCCUCUUUUAUUAAGGCCCUUUUUAUGUUUUGGAUCUAUAAAGAUAUACAGAUUUCAUASAAAUUUUGUUUAUCGUYAAGCAGGUGAAAAAAUGAUGGAAGUUUUUAUGAAACUUAAACGGAACAGAAACUUCUUGCCAUGUACAAUGUACUUUACAAAGGGUGUGAUUGUCUUUCAAACUUUAAAUUUGUCUUCUUGUAAACAAACUAAUGUUUUUUGUUGGGAUUUAAUGUAAUUAAUCAAUAAAGUAGUGUAUAACUGAAA